UCAUCGCGACAAGCACGCCUUUUAGAGGACGCUCAGCAAGGCAUGGAACACUUUGGUGCAUUUCUAUUAGUUUUGACCUGUUUGUUACAUUUGCCUUUAACAGAAGGUUUCCCAACGUGCAGACGAGAGCAGUUCUCGUGUAAUAACAGCAGGUGUGUGCCUUUGAAUCUGCGCUGUGACGGUGUGGACGACUGUGGUGACAGCAGCGAUGAGGUCUCCUGUUUGAACUGCACUACUGGCUCCUUCCACUGCGUGGCGACAGCGCGCUGUGUUCCUGGCCACGACAUCUGUGAUGGCAAGACUGACUGCUCAGAUGGCGCAGAUGAACAGUUAAACGCAUGCUUAUCCCUGCCUAAACCACAGGCAUGCUCUAGGUCAGAGUUCAGAUGCUCUAAUGGACACUGUGUGACCAGUUCAUGGAGGUGUGACCACUCCAAUGACUGUGAAGAUGGCAGUGAUGAAGAGAACUGUGAUCAGAAUGAGUGUGAGGUCAAUAACGGGGGCUGUUCUCACAUGUGUAUAGAUCUGACGUUAGGCUUCAUGUGUGAAUGCCCCAGUGGAAUGAGGUUGGUCAAGGACACAUACUGUGAGGAUGUGGACCAGUGUCUUGAUUUAGAUUUGUGUGAUCAGACUUGUGACCAUUCCAGUGGAUCUCCUGCAUGUGAAUGUCAGGAUGGCUAUGUUCUGACCCCAAGGACUGGUCAGUGCGAGGCUACGGGUGAUGUAGCUUAUAUGGUGGUCAGCACUCAGGAGGGGCUUCAGUGGAUGGACCUUGGUGGUUCAGAGCAAAGGAACAUCACAUCUCAAACAAGCUCACCAGGACCUGUUUCAGCGCUUAAUGCAAAUAACACACUAUAUUGGGCCAGUCCUGAAAAUGACAUCAUCUACAGUCUGUCUUUAGACUCCAGUGGCCAAAGACCUACUGUUUUGUUAAAGGCCUCCACAGGCAUUCUUGGAUUGUCUGUUGACUGGACCCAUGAGCUUCUGUACUGGGUCAGCACCAGUACUCAUGCUUUACAUGUGGCCUCUUUGAAUGGCUCCAAACAAAGGCAGCUCAUUUUGGGGCUCUCCAGACCAACCGCAGUUGCUGUCCAUCCUCUGCUAGGGCAUCUGUUCUGGGCAGAUAGUGGGGCUUCUCCCAGGAUUGAGCGAGCCAGUCUGGAUGGAGAGAGCAGAAUAGCACUGAUAACUUCAGCUAUACGUCACCCUGUUGCAAUAUCAUUAGAUAUCCCCCGUGGUCUGCUGUACUGGGCUGAUUCGGGCCUGCGCACAAUAUCAAGGGUUGCAUUUAAUGGACAACAUAGAAAGACAGUUGUAGAGUCCAACGGAUAUCUGGAUCGACCUUUUGGACUUGUUGUGUUUGAGAGUCGGGUGUACUGGAGUGACCAAUUGACCAACUCUGCUUGUAGUGCAGACAAGCACAAUGGCAGAACAUUUCAGGUGUCUCAGAGACUCGGUUCUGUUUCACUGGCUGGGCUGACCAUCCUUCACCCUCUGUUACAGCCUGCAGAUAAAGAUCUGUCAAAGUCAGAAACAAGAGGUCUGCUUCCUAAUUCACCAUUUGCAUGGAUCUUCUCUUUGACUGUCAUCCUCAGCAUACUGUUGGCGGGGGCGGUGCUCUGGUGGCAGAGGUCAGAGUUCAGGGGUCCUCACUCUCUCUCUGUUCUUGGAGGAGUGUCACUUAAAGAGUCCCAGGAUCCUCUUCUGUUAGCUGGACUAUCUGCGGUACAUGAACAUAAAGACGGCACACAAACUAGUUCAACACACUGACAAGGAAAGUCUUUUCCUGUAAGAGGAACUACACUGUUGAUGGAGAGUACUGCCCCCAUUUCCUGCCCUGUUUAGGCAAAAACAACAAAGCAGAGUGAGCCAGGCAGGAUUCUGCACAAACUUCCCUUUUGAUGACCCAAAAAUUGACCUUAAAUUUGUCAUGGCUAAUAAGCAUAAUUAAUGGACAUAGAUUACAGAACAACACUAAAACAGACUUAUUGUUUGAAUUUACACUCAGUGGAGUGCAUUGUCUGGCAAUCUCAGACUUCAUUCAGAUCUCCAUAUAUAACAAUUCACUUAGUAAAUUGUGACAGGAACUUCAUGUCAGUUUUUCAAACUGCCAUCUAGUUUCACAAUAGUGCUGUGAGAUAUUAUGACAUCUGUUUAUCAACUAUUCCACAGAUGUUUCAUUCUUUUUUUCUUUUUCUUUUUCUUUUUUUUCAGUUUCAGUUUCAGUUCAGUUAUGUUGUUAUUUUUAAAGUAAUUUCACCUUUGAAUUCAAAGGUGAACAUGCUGACAAUCCCUGUUCUGCUUUGGUAAUGUGUGCAUGGAGGAAAACAUAUUUUAAUUUGAAAUUGAAUGGUGCUGGAUAUGACUAGACUAUUGAGACAGUUCUGUAAUAUUUAUUAUUUGAGGAGAAAAUAAAUGCUAUUUAUUGUG